GUUAGCUGACGUCACGGGAUUGCAAUGUGUGUUUAGAAGGAAAACGCUGAAAGACUUUAAAACCAGCAAAUACUUUCAGUACAAAUCGCUGUCCGUAGCGUUUCAAAAUAACAGAAUAAUGAUCAAGAGCGCUGUCGCUGCUGUUUUGUUGAGUCAUGUCAGAUUUUCGUCAAAACUCCGAGUUCGCUGAGCUGUGGCGAAAUAAUGUYUGUAACCGUGACCUAAACAAAACUCUGCAGCGGGACAGACAAACGAGCCAGCAGAUGACUGAAACAAGAGCAUCACGCGUGUGUAACGAUGUCCUGAGUCCGAGGCUCAGCGGCAGCAGCAGCUCCAGAUGCUCUGGAUUGAACACUGGAGGGUCUCCCGGAGAUGUUGAAGCUUCACAAGACAUUGUCUGGGAUUCUACAUCUCCCACUCAGACUAGAUACAAGAACACCCAAGUUGUGGAAAUAUCUGACAUUGUCAACCGUCUUGCUCCAAAGGGGUCUGGAUCCUCAUUGUCACGUUGGAUAGAUGAUGGCACCAUUCCCUGCUCACUUGAGGCAAGGCAAAAAGUCAAGAAGAAGUCCCCUCGACAGMGUAAUGUGGAGGAGGACCUCAAGAUACUGGCCAGGCAGAUUGAUGAAAACAUGCAACAAGACGAGGAGUCUUCAGAACAACUGAACUUUGUCAACAGUGACCUUUGUAAAACUGUGAACAGCUCUGAAACUAAACCGACAACAGCGUCAUUACUGAGUAAUGUGAAGAAUUUGAAGUGUCCCUCUUCAUCAGAGCAGGUGGAGGUACAGCUGUACGCUCUGUUCGACUGCUCUACUCAGGGAGGCAGUGGCAGGUUAAGUGAGGGUUCUUCGUGUUCACAAGAAAUGGUCCACCAACCUGUGUCUGCAGGUCUUGCUAAACGCCAACAAACAGAGCUCAAGCUGGCUGCUGAGUCUGGGACAGCAGGACAAACAGAAACAUGCAGUAACAGUGCAAAAAACUCUGAGUUUUAUGAUGACUGGAAUGAUGACUUACUCAAUGACCCUUUCAUUCUAGCAAUUACCCAGAAUCCAUAUGGACAAGAUGCCAAUCCUGAAAUGGCACCACAGCCUCACACUCAGACAAACACUAAGCUUCCCUCUGUUUUAAAUUCAGACUCUGCACAUAAGCCUACAGACGCACGCUGCAAGACGAGCAGCAGUGCUCUUCAAGAACUGUGUCCCAAACCAAAGUCAAGGAACCAGAACUUCACUGUAAUAAAUCACACAUCAAAAGGGACUGCCAAGAACUCUGCUGCCCCAAAGAUGCUUACUUCCCGARCGAGCACAGUCACUAAUAUUCAAGCUGAGGCACCUUCUAUUGAUGACGUUUCAGACGGUUUAUGGGACGAUGGGGACGAUGAGCUGCUCUAUCAGAUUUGUGACAGCGUGGAGAGGAUCUUCAACAGUCAGCCAAAAAAGGUGAAUCCAAACUACAGAGAACAAAAAGAAGAAACUCUUCACAGGCAAGUGGAAACCAAAAAAAUUCUGCCAAUCGGCACAACAGGGUCCAUUCAUUCUGGCGUCAGUGCUAAUAGCAAACGAUCAUCAGGUGCUUUUGUACGUUCUAACUCAUUACCAGAGACUAGUAGUAAAACCAUCUACCAAGGAUGGAACCUUCCCAUGAAAGGURCCAACAAUAAAUCAGGAAUGUCUGAAAGCUUCCCAGAAAGUCGUGUCAAUCAGGGCACAUUUAACCACGGCAGGGACUUCUCUGGAACGUUCCAGGCUGGAAAUAGCAACAUGGAUACCCACCAAAGAGCAUUCAAGAGAAACAUGUCUGACUCUGCAAUCAUAAGCAACAAAGUGUUUGUCACAAGCCAGGCCACGAGGAAGUGUUCUGCCACUGAGAUUGAGAGGAAGAAACAAGAAGCUUUGGCCAGGAGACGUCAGAGAAUGCAGAAAGCUGCAAACCCGUAGAGGAGCUCAGUCUUGGCAGCAACAUCUUUUUUUAUGGCAGUUCUAAUCAGCUCAAGAUCUUUUUUUUUUUUUUUCAGAAAUUAAUAAGUGUAAAUAGUUGAGCUCUUUCAAUUGCAAGCCAGAUGUCUUCACACUAGUUUGAAGAACAGUUUGCUUUCAUUGACUUGGGGAAAAUAAUCAGAAUGUUUACAGGUUGGUCAAGUUUACAGUUUGUUUUACUGUGUGAUACUUCAUUUAGUUUCAUAUAAAGUUAGACAUUACUUAGUUUAACCCCAUUGCUGCUUCUUAGUUUGUAAUGUGUGGUUUGUGUUGUACGUUAAAGUGCCCUGAGAAUUAUUUUGAUGCCUAAAGAGAUGCAAAUCUUUUAGAGUCAGUCAAGCAAGGAUUUUCUUUUUUAUUAUAAAAACCAGUUAAUGGAACACAAACACUUAAAAUCUGUAUCUGGGUGAAACAUUAUAAGCUGCAGAAAUCAAGUUGACAGGGUGUAUUUUGUUUGAGCUGCAUUUUCAGUGUAAAUAAAAAAAAAWUUUCUUUAUUUGUAGUUUUACAAAAGUUGGAAAUUCAUUACAUUAAAAGCAUAUUGUGUUGGUCCAUUGGUGUUUUGUUUUUGUUGGAAGUAUUUGUAUCUGAAAACAUGUUAAAUCAAAAGUAAACCCACACAAUAGCAAUAAAACACUUUUUGAAAGUGUCAUUUGUA